AACAGCAUUCCGCACUCGAUGCUCGCGCCAUCAUGCAAGACCCAACAGUCUAUGGACGCAUGCAUCUAAGCCAACCUGACGUUUCCUUCGAUUUGACUAAUUUACAGAGUCAAGAUCACAACAUGGUUCGUUUGGUUUCGGAUCUUAGUACACAACUUUUGAGAUGUCUUUGUCAGUCCCCUCCAGAGGCAUCCAACGAGCAGCCGAUAGUUCUCGACAUGGACAUGAGUCACAAGCAGGUCGAUAACCCUCCAGAGUGUGACUCCUGCAUUCCUGGAUUGGAACCUGAUAUCUCGUCUUCAUCACACUCGACAGACUCCCCUGCAGAUAGCACACUUGUUUCGGCGACCUUGAUAGCCGUGCAAGUCCGCUCUCCCCAGUUUAUAGGGUCUCCCCAAGUUUGCACCUCGGAGCUUGAGCCUCUCGCUGAGUCAGGCGAUUCUUUCACACGCAACCUUAUUCCUUCUCCGACCCCAUCUGAGCAUGGUAGCUUCAGGCCCCCUAGCAUUGCUCAGGAUGAUCACUCGCAUUCUGGAAGCCGUCCUCUACCGUCUCCACCGACUUCCGAAGGUUCCGCCGGUUACUUCUCCGAUGCCGAUCGUUCAUCAACUCCGUCAAGCCCUUUGUCUGAUCAUUCCGUCGUCUUCGUAUCUGCGGAUUCCAUACCAGAGUACGUUAGAGAGAACCGUGCAUAUCUUGUUGCAACAAGCGCUCCGUCCCGACCUUCCUCGGCAACCUCUAGCUGUGUUCAUUUGCCCUCAGUGGUUACUUCGUCAGACUCUCUGCCACUUCAACAGGAUCAAAAUGAUCGUGCUGAGGUUCCCCCUGCCGAUUCCCCUUGCACCAACGGCCAAUCCCCUCUUUACUGUAGGGUUUGCCUUCGAGAUCCUUGCGAUGAUCCAACUGCGACGAUGUGCGGCCAUAUCUUUUGCAACAGGUGCAUCAUCGAUGCUGUCAUGGCCAGGUCUGCGUGCCCGGUUUGCACCGCUCCCACAUUACUCUACUGUCUUUUCCGCCUUGAUAUCUAAGUACACGCUAUUCCUCUAAAUCGUAACAUCUGUCUUGCUUUCAGCAUGCAUGCCAAUGACUCAACGCAAACCAACAAAUCAUUUGUACUUUAGAAUUCUUGAAUCAUUACGAGU